AAGCUCUUGCACGUGUUCUCUGGAAAACAUGGCAGACUUACAGAUGAAGCUUCUUCGGAAGAAGAUUCAAAAAAGGAGUGAAAAGAACAAAAAACGGAACUUACUCAAGAAGCAGACAGAAAAAUCAGAUGAAGAUGAGUGUGUCAGUGAUGUGACCGAGCAGCUUCGUGAUGAAACCAAUGGAGAGACUGAGCCAGAGGCUGCCAAAGUUGUGGAAAAGAAAGACGGCACAGAACUUGCAUCUCCGGAGGGAGGCGAUGCGACUGCAAGUUCCGUGAAAAAGAAAAAGAAGAAAAGGAAACUCGCUGGCAAUGCUGAUACCUCAGGUGUAAAGAAAGCCAAAAAGGAGGAUGAGGAUGGGAAUGAGAAGGAUGAAGAAAUGGAGCCAGAAAAGGAGGUGAAAGAUGAAGAGACCACAGAGAAACCUGCUCAGGAAGUAGAUCCUGGACAGGAGCAAGAUGGGGAGGAGGAAUCUAAAGACGGAAAGGACUCUGGUGAUGAGGAGGAGGAGGAGGAGGAAGAGGAGGAGGCUGAGGAUGGCCCACAGCUUCCUUUAGGACUUACAGGUGCUUUUGAAGACACCUCGUUUGCCUCCCUAGCCGGGGCAGUGAGCGAGAGCACUCUGAAGGGUGUGAAGGAGAUGGGCUUUGAACACAUGACCGAGAUCCAGCACAAAAGCAUCCGACCUCUGCUGGAAGGGAGGGACAUCUUGGCUGCAGCCAAAACAGGCAGCGGGAAAACACUGGCGUUCCUGAUUCCUUCCAUCGAGCUAAUCUAUAAACUCAAAUUCAUGCCACGGAACGGCACGGGGGUGGUCAUCUUGUCACCUACGCGCGAGCUGGCCAUGCAGACGUACGGGGUGAUGAAGGAGCUGAUGACCCACCAUGUUCACACCUACGGCCUCAUCAUGGGGGGCAGCAACCGCUCAGCCGAGGCCCAGAAGCUGGCCAACGGGGUCAACAUCCUGGUGGCCACGCCCGGCCGACUGCUGGACCACCUGCAGAACACUGCUGGCUUCAUGUACAAGAACCUCCAGUGUCUAAUCAUCGACGAAGCUGACCGCAUUCUAGAAGUCGGAUUUGAAGAGGAACUGAAGCAAAUCAUUAAACUGCUGCCAAAGAAGAGACAGACCAUGCUCUUCUCAGCCACGCAGACACGCAAAGUGGAAGACCUGGCCAGGAUCUCGCUCAAGAAGGAGCCCCUGUAUGUGGGCGUGGACGACAACAAGGAGUCGGCCACUGUGGACGGCCUGGAGCAGGGCUACGUGGUGUGUCCCUCAGAGAAGCGCUUUCUUCUGCUCUUCACCUUCCUGAAGAAGAACCGUAAGAAGAAGCUGAUGGUCUUCUUCUCCUCCUGCAUGUCGGUCAAGUUCCAUUAUGAGCUCCUCAACUACAUUGACCUGCCUGUCAUGGCUAUUCAUGGGAAAAUGAAGCAGACCAAGCGCACCACCACCUUCUUCCAGUUCUGCAACGCGGACACGGGCAUCCUCCUGUGCACCGACGUGGCGGCUCGAGGCCUGGACAUUCCCGAGGUGGACUGGAUCGUCCAGUACGACCCGCCCGAUGACCCCAAGGAAUACAUCCACCGGGUGGGGCGAACGGCUCGCGGGAUUAACGGGAGAGGCCACGCCCUGCUGAUUCUGAGGCCUGAAGAGCUGGGCUUCCUGCGUUUCCUGAAGCAGGCCAAGGUACCACUGAGUGAGUUUGACUUCUCCUGGAGUAAGAUAUCAGACAUUCAGUCCCAGCUGGAGAAACUGAUUGAGAAGAACUACUACCUGCACAAAUCUGCCCAGGAGUCUUACAAGUCUUACGUGAGGGCGUACGACUCUCACUCCCUCAAACAGAUCUACAGCGUCAACACUCUCAACCUCCCUAUGGUGGCACAGUCCUUUGGAUUCAAAGUGCCACCGUAUGUUGACCUCAACGUCCACAGCAGCAGAGGGGUGAAGAUGCAGAAGCGUGGUGGGGGCGGUGGUUUCGGCUACCAGAAGUCCAAGAACGUCCACAAGUCAAAGAUCUUCAAGCAUGUCGGCAAGGGCAAGGGUGGUGACAAGAGGCAGUUCUCCCGGUGAGGCGGCUGGUUGCUUCCCUCCCCAGUGUGGUUGGGAAACCCAUCCACUGCCCACCACCACAAUCUCCUGUCACUCUAGGAGGCCUACACAUGUACUCUCAUGAUGGACCAGGAUGGCUUACACAAUGUUCUCCAGAAUAGUGUUGUGAUCCUUUUUUUUUUUACACCAUUGUGGUGCGUAUUUCAGAAGAUGUGCAUCUGUAUUAUGACUAAAUAUUUAUCUAUAGCUUUUCUUGAACUACCUUUCACUGAAUGGUAAUGUGGGUAAUCUCAGAAGGUAUGAGUACAUCACCAGCUCCCAAACUAUACGCCAGGACCCACUGGUGGCUUGUUCGAUGCAACUGUAAUGUUUGUAGGCGGUUGUUUUGACAUGCAUUAUUUCUUAAACCAUAUUUGAACACUGAACAUCAAAUGCCAUAUUUGAAUUGUGCAGACCACAGAAAAUUUAUUUGAUAUUCAAGUGGAUUUCUGGCAGUUAAAAUUUGGGAACUCUGGAUUAGAUCAUAGCCCGCUGUUCCCUCGAGUGGGGGUUCAUUGGCCAGAAUAACUUUUUCCAAAAUGCCAUUACCUCAGGACUUGUUCUACAAAGGCGCUCUAUAAAUGCAGACCAUUUACCAUUCUCAUAAGGAUUGGGAAACGCGCUCGCAUAAACUGAUGAAUUGGCAUCUACGUCUCCCUAUGCAAGAUGAAUCUGCUUUCCGAUGUUGACAUUUGGGGAAGUGGUAAUUACAUUUCAGCCAGGCAGCCUUGUGGUUGCCAUCGAGACUGGAGAUGAUCUUAAAUGUAAUAUGCGAGGCGCUUCCCAUUAAAGCAAACUGCAGCAAAAUACCAUACUUUUAUCUCUCUUCGUGGCUGCAGUUAAUUGAAUAUUUUUUUGUUUGUUUUUACGAGAAAAUGUACAGAUUAAUAUUUAGCUGAAAAUGCCGUAGUUUUAUUCAAACUAACAUGUACAAUGGAUGUGUUGUAGAGCAAUUCGUGUUAUUUUAACACUUAUGUGUCUUCUUGCCUCGAUUAAAAUCUCUGAAAUUGCA